CCUCACCGGGAUCCUGUCCCCCGUGCAGGAGGUGCGGGCGGCUGCAGAGGAGCAGAUUAAGGUGCUGGAGGUGACUGAGGUAUAGCAUAAGCACUGUCCACCUGCGAAGGGCACCCCGCAAGGAUCCAGACGCACUCCUGGGCAUGUGGCGGGCACUGAACCGAGCGGAAGGCGGCCACGCUCGGAAAAAGGCCAGUGAAUUUGGUGUUCACCUAGCAGAACUGACUGUAGAUCCUCAGGGGGCACUGGCAAUCCGUCAGUUGGCAUCAGUCAUCUUGAAGCAAUAUGUGGAAACUCACUGGUGUGCCCAAUCAGAGAAGUUCAGACCUCCUGAAACUACAGAACGGGCCAAAAUUGUUAUCCGGGAGCUAUUACCCAAUGGGUUGAGAGAAUCCAUAAGCAAAGUGCGCUCCAGUGUGGCCUAUGCUGUUUCAGCCAUUGCCCAUUGGGAUUGGCCUGAAGCCUGGCCCCAACUCUUCAACCUGCUAAUGGAGAUGUUGGUGAGCGGAGACUUAAAUGCUGUCCAUGGAGCCAUGCGUGUGUUGACAGAGUUUACUCGAGAAGUGACAGACACACAGAUGCCACUUGUUGCUCCUGUCAUUCUCCCAGAGAUGUAUAAGAUAUUCACCAUGGCUGAGGUGUACGGUAUCCGAACUCGUUCCCGAGCAGUAGAGAUUUUUACUACUUGUGCCCAUAUGAUUUGUAACAUGGAGGAGCUGGAGAAGGGUGCAGCUAAAGUCCUGAUCUUUCCUGUGGUGCAGCAGUUCACAGAGGCCUUUGUUCAGGCCCUCCAGAUGCCAGAUGGCCCCACAUCUGACAGUGGUUUUAAGAUGGAGGUUCUGAAGGCGGUGACAGCCUUGGUGAAAAACUUCCCAAAGCACAUGGUAUCCUCCAUGCAACAGAUCCUGCCCAUUGUUUGGAACACUCUGACUGAAAGUGCUGCCUUUUAUGUGAGGACAGAAGUGAAUUAUACAGAGGAAGUAGAAGAUCCUGUGGAUUCUGAUGGAGAAGUCCUAGGCUUUGAAAAUCUCGUCUUUAGCAUUUUUGAAUUUGUCCAUGCCCUACUAGAAAACAGCAAAUUCAAAAGCACCGUUAAGAAAGCCUUGCCUGAGCUUAUUUACUACAUUAUCCUGUACAUGCAGAUUACCGAGGAGCAGAUUAAAGUGUGGACAGCUAACCCACAACAGUUUGUAGAAGACGAGGAUGAUGACACAUUCUCCUACACAGUUAGAAUUGCAGCUCAGGACCUGUUGCUGGCUGUGGCCACAGAUUUCCAGAAUGAGAGUGCUGUCGCCCUGGCUACUGCAGCCACUCGGCAUUUACAAGAAGCUGAGCAAACGAAAAACAGUGGCACUGAGCACUGGUGGAAGAUCCACGAGGCCUGCAUGCUUGCUCUGGGCUCUGUGAAGUCCAUCAUCACUGACAGCGUGAAGAAUGGCAGGGUCCAUUUUGACAUGCAUGGGUUCCUGACCAACGUCAUCCUUGCAGACCUCAACCUGUCAGCGUCUCCUUUCCUCUUGGGUCGGGCACUUUGGGCUGCCAGUCGUUUCACUGUUGCUAUGUCCCCUGAACUGAUUCAACAGUUCCUACAGGCAACAGUUAGUGGUCUUCAUGAGACACAACCCCCAUCAGUUCGAAUUUCUGCUGUGAGAGCCAUCUGGGGAUACUGUGAUCAACUGAAAGUUUCAGAGAGUACACAUGUGCUUCAGCCCUUCCUCCCCAGCAUACUUGAUGGUCUAAUUCACCUAGCAGCCCAGUUCAGCUCAGAAGUCCUCAACCUGGUGAUGGAGACCCUAUGCAUCGUUUGUACUGUUGACCCAGAAUUCACAGCAAGCGUGGAAAGCAAAAUCUGUCCCUUCACCAUCGCCAUUUUCCUAAAGUACAGUAAUGAUCCUGUUGUCGCUUCACUGGCUCAGGAUAUCUUCAAGGAACUGUCGCAGAUUGAAGCCUGUCAAGGUCCAAUGCAGAUGAGGCUGAUUCCCACUCUGGUCAGCAUAAUGCAGGCCCCAGCAGACAAGAUCCCUGCAGGGCUCUGUGCGACUGCCAUUGAUAUCCUGACCACAGUAGUUCGAAAUACAAAGCCUCCCCUUUCCCAGCUCCUUAUCUGUCAAGCUUUCCCUGCUGUGGCACAGUGCACCCUUCACACAGAUGACAAUGCCACCAUGCAGAAUGGUGGAGAGUGCUUGCGAGCCUAUGUGUCAGUGACACUGGAACAGGUAGCCCAGUGGCAUGAUGAGCAAGGCCACAAUGGACUAUGGUACGUGAUGCAAGUAGUGAGCCAGCUCCUUGACCCACGAACCUCAGAGUUCACUGCAGCCUUUGUAGGCCGCCUGGUCUCCACACUCAUCUCCAAGGCAGGGCGGGAGCUUGGGGAGAAUCUGGAUCAGAUUCUUCGUGCCAUCCUCAGUAAGAUGCAGCAGGCAGAGACACUCAGUGUGAUGCAGUCACUGAUCAUGGUAUUUGCUCAUCUGGUGCACACUCAGCUAGAACCUCUGUUAGAGUUCCUGUGUAGUCUUCCAGGACCGACUGGGAAGCCUGCCCUGGAGUUUGUGAUGGCUGAGUGGACGAGUCGGCAGCAUCUGUUCUAUGGACAGUAUGAAGGCAAAGUUAGCUCUGUGGCACUAUGUAAACUGCUCCAGCAUGGCAUCAAUGCAGAUGACAAGCGGCUACAAGAUAUUCGUGUGAAGGGAGAAGAGAUCUACAGCAUGGAUGAGGGCAUCCGUACUCGCUCUAAGUCUGCCAAAAACCCAGAGCGCUGGACAAACAUUCCUUUGUUAGUCAAGAUCCUAAAGCUGAUUAUCAAUGAGCUCUCCAACGUCAUGGAGGCCAAUGCUGCUCGCCAGGCCACUCCUGCUGAGUGGAGUCAAGAUGAUUCCAAUGACAUGUGGGAGGACCAAGAGGAAGAGGAGGAGGAGGAGGAGGACGGUUUAGCUGGUCAGCUUUUAUCUGACAUCCUUGCUACAAGUAAAUAUGAGGAGGAUUACUAUGAAGAUGAUGAGGAAGAUGACCCUGACGCCCUGAAGGAUCCUCUCUAUCAGAUUGAUCUGCAGGCAUAUCUCACAGACUUCCUUUGCCAGUUUGCUCAGCAGCCCUGUUAUAUAAUGUUUUCGUGCCACCUUAAUGACAACGAGAGGCGGGUUCUACAGACCAUCGGCAUCUAACAAGGGGAGUCUUCAACCUUUGUUCCCUCUCCUGGCUCAGCCACAGGCCAUUCUACAGCCUUCACUGGCCUUGAGAGUCACUUUUUCUCAACCUGGAGUGGCUUCGUGGCCCUUGGCCUCAACAGUGACACUGACACUCAGUUCUUGCUUACCAGGGCUGAUGUUUUAAAAAGCUAAAACAAAGAACAUUUCUCAAAGUCCUGUGAAGAUACCCCAAGUCUGGAACUCUUUUUCUCCCCAGCUCUGCCCCCUCCAUUCCUAGCAUCUUCGGUUGGCCAGACCAGAAACAUUGAUACCCAGGACUAUGGGUUCCUGAUUAUUUAAUCCCACCUCGGGAAUACAGGAAAAAGGACAUCUGUUGUGUUCAGAUAAGAACCCCUUGAGAGAUCAUUGUGCUCUCUGCCCUCAGCCAUUGAUGCUCUAGGUUCUCACUAAGAACCAGCUGGAGCAGAUACAUACUAAAUCUUUCCAGUAAUCUCAGCUUCAUGCUUUCCUCGUGCAACACUAAAGGUCCUCUGUCAAAGGAGCCAUCUUCCCAUCUUUGCUUCAUUGCAUGACACAGCCCCUCCCCCAGGCUCCUCAUAUAUACAUGCACACACAAAGUGAGCCAGACAGAUGGCAACUUGUCUUUCUUUUUUUAGGGGAAAAAAAAAUCAGGAAAAAGAUUUUUAUUUCUAAAUCUGCCUGACCCAUCUAUAUUGAAUAUGCCUCUUCUACACAUAACCACAGAGUCCGAUAUUCUAAGGUUACCCCAUCCCUCAGGAAUCCCCUAAAGUGCUUGAGUUGUAGCCCUCGAAUUUGCAACAUGUAUUUUUCUAGGACAGUAAAGUAAUCUUUACAAAUGAAUUUAGUCUGCAUACUCUAAGGUACCUCAGCAUCUCUGCCUUCUGUUUAUUCCCUCUAGAAGAAAAGUAAAAACAAGAAAAGAAAGUUUGGCCUAUUUUGGCAUCCUUCUGUAAUUUGGCAGACAGCUCAGAAAUCUUAGAGAACUGGUAUUUUUCAUUCAAGUAUGUUUAAACUGUCAGUGGUACAGCAUGUAGAUGGCCCAGCGUUCAGUCCCUAGUACUGCAAAAAUAAGGGGCAUCCCUCAGUGGGUUUCCCUUGUGUUAUGAAUUGAGAGAGAGGGUAAAGAUUAAGAGCAGAGUGAUUGUCUGAUAUUUCCUGUGUGUGAUAGUGCCCACAUCUGAUACUCCAUUUUUAAUAGCCAGAGCUAUUUCUUUGGGGUGAUGCUCUAACAAAAAGGAAAGGGAAUGUGGAAGUGAUGUUUGGCCUCCAGUGUGAAGCAGAAGGGUAACAGUGUAGCAUUUAAGGCCUUUCAUGGAACCCAAGGGUGUGGCAGCUUCUUUCUGACUAUACCACCUGAUGUCCUUAGUGCUCAGCCUUGAGUUCAGAGGCUUUUCACUAACAUUUCCACCUUCUUUGUAAGAGCCUGAGAAAGUGUUAUAGCUGUCUUCUGGCUGGCAGUGUGGAGACCAGUAUUAUCUCUGCCCUUGCUGCUUUUCCUCCUGAAGUUAAAAUUCCUGUUAAAGAGAAAUGGUAACAUACCUGCCUAGUGGUCCACAGAAAACCACAGUAUGAACUUUGGAACCUUGCUCCAUAGUUGACCUCAAAGCCAAUUGGAUUUGGUGCUAAAAACAGUAGACCAUUCCACACAAUUAAGUUGUCCGAUGGUUUUGAUGCUUUAGAACAAUGCCAGAUUAGCACUGACCUGCUGUGUUUGAGAAAGCUUGGAGACCCCCAUACAUACACGGGCAGUGAUUUGGUCAGUUCUAUGUCUAGUGCCAAAGUUAGUCCAAAGGGCCUCCCAUCCUGUUCCCAUGCUUCAGUGUUGGUGGGAAGGCUAAGCUCUUGCAUUAGGAAAUGCAUUCCUAGUUCCCCUAGGAAGCCAUCCAGGCCAACAUAUGACUGGUUGAGAGUAGAGGCUUUUAUGAGCCUUGAUGGAUAGAUACUUGCUUGUGUUUUCAGAGCAUUUAACUUCUGCAACAGGUACACAGUGAAUAUUCCUGUUCUGCUAAGAGCGUGUCCCUAAGAUCAGGUGACUGUUGGUGUGACAAAGUUGAACUCUGGCUCUUAUAUAUUUUUCUCUGAAAGCCAACUUCAUUUGGGAAAAGGGUAAGGUGCACUUUUGGAAGAUCAAGACCACUGAGCUAAUAAGAGAGGUGCCGGCUCUCUGAUGAAGGGUUUCCAGGAUAUAGUGAAACACUAGAAAGCUAAAAAGCAGGGGAAAAAACUCAAGAGAAGGAGUUGUUACUGCAAGUCACUGACUAGGAAGCAUGAACCCACAAGCAGAUGAGUAUCAGUAGGAGGGAAAGGAGUCACUGGGACUGAGAUGGUGGUUGUGAGCUAAAGAGCAAGUGGUGCCAAACUAAUGGAAACGAGCUUUGGUUUCUGUUAGCCACACCAAAAAGCCUAGAGAGCUAAAGUCAAUGCACUAAGUAACCAAACUACAAAUCAGCCCUUUGUAGGGCGUGUGAUGGGUCUCCCUUCGCUUCAGUGAUGAGUGGGUUUAUUAUGCCUUACUCUUUCCAAGAAGUUUGAAGCCAUUUGCAAGAGACUGACCUGAAAAUGGAAAGAAUACUGAUCAAAUUUUAGAUGAGAGGAAACCUCUAGGAAGGUUGACAUUUAGGAUCCAAGUAGAUCAGUCCUUAUAAGAAAAGGGGAGUGGCAACAGCAUUUAUCAGGAAGCAUGAAGAUUGGAGUUCUGUGUACCUCCUUAAAGUACUGGGUUUGUGGACCUAGGUUAUGGUCUAGGAUGCUGCAGAUUUUCUAUGUCCCUGUCUGUGAUCCUGGCUGAUGAUAGUACUUUGUAAAAGGACAACCAAAGCCUAAACUGUUGAGGGACAGCAGUGAUGUGGCUGAAAAGGUUGUGCUCAGAACAGCACUUAAGCAAGUUAAAGGAUUAUUCAGUGAAAAGCAUUGCACUGUCCCAGCCUACCAGGUGGACCUCUUGUGCCUAAGGAAAUAAAAGAUGGAUUUCUGGC